UGAGCACAGUGUUUUCCCCUGCUUCUCUCCUUUUCAGAGAAGCAAAAUUGUUCUAUGCUGCCGGAGAUGUGAACUCCUUCCUGCGCUGCCUCUGUCUUCUCUUUACCAGAAACUCAAAGGCCUGAAUUACCAGCUGCAGAGAUCUAAAAGCUCUCUCUGAAUCUGGGUGGAAUAUGGACAAGGAGAUGAAUAGCAGAAAGGAAGAAAGAGUGAAGUUGGUUAUUUUUCUGGCACAUGGAUGCAAUUACACUCAGUGCAUUCCAGAGGCGUUCCUUUGAAUCCUGUGCAGGUCUGCUUGCUGUUCCUGAGAGAAAGGAAGAAAAAGGGAAGAAAAGUCCCUCUUGCUGAAGACGGAAUGUCUGCACUUCCAAUUCUCUUUUUAGCUUCCUGCUCCGUUUGGCUGGCCAAGGCUCAGACUGAGUUCAAGAGAGUGGCUGAAGAAAACGUGACUUUGCCCUGUCACCACCGCCUGGGUCUCCUGGAGCAAGGGAGCCUGGAUAUCGAGUGGCUGCUGCACAUCUCCGAAACAGUACAGAAAGCGGUGAUCACUUACUCUGGGGGCCGUGUUUAUGAUGACCUGAAUGAGGAACAGAAAGGGCGCGUUUCCUUCACUUCCAACUUCCUUGCUGGAGAUGCAUCCUUACAAAUCAUAUCCCUGCAGUCCAGUGAUGCGGGGAAGUACAUAUGUAAGGUUAAAAAUGCUGGGCAGUACGAAUGGGCUCGCAUCACCCUGAAGGUUGUAGAGAAGCCUUCCAAGCCCAAGUGCUGGCUAGAAGGGGAGCUGUUGGAAGGCAAGGAACUGUCCUUGCAGUGCCGUUCUGCCUCUGGCACUGCCCCCAUCUCCUACCGAUGGCAGCGCAUAAAUGAGGAAGAGAGAGCUGAGCAUCUCCCGCCUACAUCAAGAGUCAACAUUUCUAAUCCUGGGCAAGUCCUACUGAAGAAUCUUACGCAGAUGAGCACAGGGUUAUACCAAUGCAUUGCCACCAACGAGGCUGGACAAGAAACCUGUGUUGUUCAGGUGACAGUACAGCAUGCACAAAAUAUCGGCAUGAUCGCAGGAGCAGUUUGUGGUGUGGUGGUGGGACUUUCCCUCCUUCUCCUUGUGGUGAGGCUGACAAUAAGGAGGAAAGAAAAGAAGAGAUAUGAGGAAGAGGAGGCACCAAAUGAAAUCAGAGAAGAUGCAGAGGCACCCAAGGCCCAUCUGGUCAAGCCCAGUUCCUCUUCCUCUGGUUCCAGGAGCUCGCGCUCAGGUUCCUCCUCAACCAGGUCGACAGCCAACAGUGCCUCUCGCAGCCAACGGACUUUGUCGACGGAAGCUACUCCCCAUCUAACUCCUCCCCAGUACAGCCAGAGGGAGGCAGAAGGGAAAGAAACUGAGCCCAAGAAAGUCGACUACACCAACCUGAUGAAGAUGGGAGCGACACUGGUCAUGGUGCCAGCCCAAAGCCGGGCAUUCCAGACAGUGUGA